ACUAAAAAGUAUUCAUACCGCAGGUUUUGUCCUCAUUAAUCAACAUCGUAGGAAAAGCAAUUGCGUGCAGAAAAUCCCUCGGAGAAUUGAUUGUCCUGGUCUGUAAGCGACCUCAAGAAAUCAACCAAUCACAUUUAACAAACCAUAUUCACUUAUCGGGAUUCAGUCUACGGAGUCGUGUCGUAAUUCGCUUUGCCAACAGAUGACGAGAGGAACGUUAAAAAAAAAAAAAAAAUAGAAAGGGAACAUGCAGCCGUCUAAACUCGUGCGGCCAGAGUUCGACGACUGUGAAAGCAAACGUAUUGAUCGCAAUCUGACCGAGAAGAAACGUCGUGGUAGAUUCAACGCACUGAUCGAUGAGCUUGCUGUUUACUUGGCGGACAGAUGCCACACGAAAAAGAGCACAGAGAAGAGUUCCAUUUUGAAACUCACUGGUGAAUAUUUUCUCGAGCAGGAAAAAUUAGCGGCUGAGAAACUUGCGAAAGGAUGGUAUAAACGCGUGAAUCCUGCCUUCGUUACAGAUGAUGAAUUCAACUUUGUUUACUUGGAGUCGAUGAACAUUGUAAUAAUCGCUCUUGACCAGACGGGACAAAUUGUUUACGUCUCAGACAAUGCGCAAGCUUGUUUAGGACAUUUACCGCAAAGUAUUCUUAACAGAAACGUGUUUGAAUUCAUCGGAACGCGAGAUGCAUUUAUUUUUCAGAGAAUACUGUCCAUGUUCGUGACGACCAAACAGUCGCAACGUCUGCAGCCAUUUUGGUGUCAAUUUCGACGCGAUUCGCACGAGUUUGAAACGAUCUACUGCGUUGGUACAAUUCUUAAAAAUUUACCCCAGAGCAGUGUGGAUACUGAUGUUUCUGAAUACCUUAUGCUAAUAGCGAAACCAUUAACCAGCGUUCCUUCUGAGAAAAUAUUGGCGAAAGCGGAUGGGACUCAAACGAAUUUCACGGCGACUUUGACCAUGCAAGGUAAAUAUGGUUACCUGGACAAACAUGUCGCCUCGGUUCUGGGAUUCUUUCCGUCAGAAUUAAUUGGGAAAUCUCUUUACGAAUACUGUCACACGGAAGACCUUGAAAAUUUGGUGGAUUAUCAUCGAUGGUUACUUUCACACGGAAAAAUCACGACUUGUUUUUACCGACAUCUCACUAAGGGGCAAUCAUGGGUCUGGCUUCAGUCACGCUACGAUGUGUCUUACAAUGAGUGGGAUUCCAAACCACUGGCAGUUACGAGUCUAACGUGGGUGGUUUCGCAAAAUGAAGUUUGCGAGAAACAGAGAGAAAUUUUGGCACGCGAUAAACGGAAAUUCGCGUCGAUUGAAUUACGUGUAAACGAGGGUAAUGCUCAAGAAAAUAAUUGUCCGAGUACCUCAUUAAUACCCCAAAACACUGAUGCCCAAAGUUGUUCGAGCGAAAUGAUGGAAAUCGGUGGUAAUAAUUUGUCAGAAAAAUCAACUUUGGAAAAGAGGGCGAGGUCUCAAAGAGUUGGAUCGCUGGAUUCCCAGAGUAAUUGCAGUUCGCCAGUGUCUAACGCGAACGAUUCAGAAGACAAUCAACUGAUUGAUAUGCAAGAAAGCUUCCAGUUUUUAAGUAGUAUUAAUUUUCCCACUGAUUUGACAACUACGCAACACGCCCUCCAUAAAUUCCUGGAAGAAAAGUACGUACAAGUUAUCGAAACGAUAAACAAGCAAUCGAAAGAGCUUCUUACGAUUCAAAAGCAAAUAAGUAUUCAGGGUGAGUUGCGAGAUUUACUGGAACGUCUCGAAAAGGAGAGAUCUGCAAAGAAAGUCGAGAACGAAUACAGUACGAUUAAAGAAAUGAUGGCAAAAUAUGAAGAACUGCGGGAAGUUUGUACUGGUUCUAGAACUGAAAAAUCUACAGUAGAAAGUUCUGCUAUUUUAUCCACGAGACUAAUGGGGAUGGAGGUGGAAAGCUACCCCAGUGAAGCCCUAGGAUCUACUGCUAAUUCAGAACAAAACCAUCAAAGGAUCGCCGAAAGACAACAGAAUACUAGUUACUAUGAUCAAGAACGUUGGCUUCAAAGACAAGCUGACCAAGUUCAAUUGCAGCAACAGGCCCCUGCAAUGCAACAAAUGCUCUGCCACGAAUCGACACAAUGUACACCGCAGGACCAAGUGAUAUUGCACCGACAACAGCUUCUCACAGAACACUUUCAACAACAAAUGAAUAUACAACAACGUUCACAUAAUCAUCAUCAACAGCAACAACAACAACAACAACAACAACAACAACAGGAACAGUUUCAAGAGUACCAGAAACAACAAAAGCAACCACGAUUACAACUUUUGCCUCCACAACAAUUGUCGCAAGCACCAACACAACAACAAAUGCAACAAUUACAGCAACAGCAACAAAUGUUUCGAUGGCAAAGGAAUCCAGCGUCCAAUUCAAAUUGCACAAGUCCUUUGAACACCAACUUUCCACAGGACAGACUCUCAUUUGCUAAUAGCUCACCGUAUUCAAUCAACACCCAAGAAAACUCUCCCUUUAGCAGUAACUUUACUCAGUCUCCUUGUAGUAACGAAUCUCUGUAUGAAUAUCUAUGGUUUUAGAAACAGUUAUUUCAAAGCUCGUCUUCGAAUUUGCUUCAUUUCUAUUAGAGGUCUGGAUAGUAGCAGAUAGGACACUGAUUUAAGAAAAUGUACGACAUUUUUAAAAAACAUUUUACGACAGUUCCUCUGUCAUCUUUCUUUCUAAUUUAUACAAAGUUGAAUUUAAAGUGUUUGACAAAAUGCUCAUGGUUUCUAUUGUUGUUUUGUCGUAUGUUUUCUCAUAUUAGAGGUCUCUGUGACGGUCUUCAUCAAUGGUUUCUUAUUAAUUAAAAUUCAUUGAAAUUGAAAUGGACUUCUUUAAGCACCUUGUUGUUUGUUGUUUUCCCAGACACAAAUUAAUUUCUACCAU